UUAGUGCUCCCGAGCGAUAGAGAAUCGUAUCUUAUUUGAAAAUACACUAAAAGUGCGCUGCCAAGUGAAGCGAUAAUAUAUUAGCUCCCCCCUAGCUCAGCCCCCUUCCUCCACUCUGUCAGUAUGAGUGCAGCGCCUGCUCCUGCAGCGCCUGGCGCUCCACUUGAGCUCAAUCUUGGCGCCGAGAUCUUUCACAGCAUCGCAUCCGCCGCGGCCGAUGAGAAUGUGAUUGUCUCGCCGCUGCUGCUGGAGGCGACACUGGCGCUGCUCUACCUGGGCUCCGAUGGGACGACGGCGGAGGAGCUGCAGCGGCUGCUGAAGCUGAAGCAGCGCUUCGCUAGCAAUGCAAAGAUGGCCAAUUACUAUGCGGCCGAGCUGGCUGCAGCCACGGGCGAUCCGGACACACGCAUCCAGCUGCAGAAUCGCUUGCUGCUGCAGGCCAGCUCCGGCGCGAGCAUCGCGGAUGACUUCCAGAAGAUUGCCCAAACGUAUUUCCAUGCGACAGCCGAGUGCCUCGACUUGCAGCAGUCCGAGAAGCUGCGCCGCUACAUCGCCGACAAUCUGCUCUCCAGCGUGGGCGGCGGCACCUGGCAGCAGCCGCUCCAGGUAAACGUCAGCCAGGUGGCACAGCAGCUGCUGCUGCUGCUCGCGGCGCGCCUGCACAGCAAAUGGUUUCUGCCCUUCAGCGCCUACCGCACCGGCCUCUACGAGUUCCACAACUCCACGGGCGAGCCGAAGCCAGUGCCCAUGCUCUUCGACGACGACAUGUUCGUGAAGUACGCGGAGCUGCGGGAGCUUGACGCACGUGCCAUCGAGCUGCCCUACGAGCAUGCCGACGAAUUGGCCAUGCUGCUAAUCCUGCCCAACAGCCGCGACGCCGCGGCCCUGGCCCAGCUGGAGGCUCAGCUGCGAGCUGUCGAUCUGGCUGCACUGCAGCAGCGCAUGCAGGUGGAGAGCGUUCAGGUGUUGCUGCCCAAGUUCUCCAUUGACUUUGAGUGCAGUCUGCGGCAGGCGCUUAAGCAGCUGGGUUUCUCGGAGAUCUUUGAGAACUCUGCCAACUUCAAGCACCUGCAUUCGCUUGCCAAUCAGCCAAUUGUUGAUGUGCUGCACAAGCUGCGCAUUGACCUAAACGAAUCGGGCUCCGGCUCCGAGUUGCCGCCGCCAGCAACAGGCUACAAGCCAAUUGUGAUUAGCAAUUCGUCGCGUCAAAAGUUCUUUCGGGCGGAUCAUCCAUUCUACUUUGCCAUACGGGGCGAGAACGUGACCCACUUUGUGGGGCAUGUGGUGCGAUUUUAGAGGCCAUGAUGAAUAAUAAUAAUAA